CGCGGAGGAAGGAGGAAACACAUGCUGGCGCGCCGAUGUUGUUGUCGUGCUAUGUAGACAGCAAGCUGCGGGUUUUUUCACAGCUCGUUUGUGUACGAACCGGAGAAUGGCAGCUACGGUGGCGACACCUGUCACCCCGACGGAGUUCGAGUCCGACCGGUGUGUGAGUGAGGAGGAGGGCCGGGGGAACGAGGCGGAGGAGGAGGGCGGACAGCUGACCGGGCCCGUCCCCGCGGUGGCACACAGCCGUCUGUCCAAACUCCCGCUAGCUCGCAUCAAGGCGCUCAUGAAAACCGACCCAGACGUGUCUCUGGCCAGCCAGGAGUCUGUUUUUAUCAUCGCUAAAGCCACGGAGCUGUUUGUUGAGAUGAUCGCCAAAGACGCCCUGGUGUAUGCCCAGCAAGGAAAGAGGAAAACUUUGCAAAGGAAAGACUUGGACAACGCUAUAGAGGCCAUAGACGAGUUUGCUUUUCUUGAAGGUACACUGGAUUAAAUACCCCUUCAGGAGUGGAGGAACAUUGAAUAUUUCCAACCAUCUGAGAAAUUUUCCGUAACAAGGACAUGUUUAUCAUGGAAAAUUUUCUGGUACUUUUGUAAAUCAGAUUUUCAAAUUGGACAUUUGUAAAUGCUUCUUUUCUACAACGUGCCAUCAAGAUUUUUCAUAUUUAACUGUGGUGGUUAGUGUUGUUCUAUGCAGUCCUUUUUUUUUUCUUUUUUUUUUGUAAAUACUUGUCAACUCUACUUGAUGUUGAAAUAAAUUUUAAUUUGAAACUCA